GAACAAAGCUAGUGGAGGUGAUGAAAUUCCAGUUGAGUUGUUUUAGUUCCAAAGCAGGGUAGAUCCACACAAAAAUUCCAUAAGAGCAAUUUCUAAAAACAGGGAUGAAAAAGAGUAUAUGCAGCCAAAGGUAAAGAUGUAUUAUGUAGAGAAACAAUAAGGACUUCUCAUCAGAAACUAUGUAAACUAGGAGACGAUGAAACAUUUCAUAUUUGGGAAAAUUUCCUUUGAAAACAAGGGUGAAAUAGAAACAUUUUCAGCCAAGAUUAUAGAAUUUGUUACUAGCUAGUUGAAAGUUACUAUAAGAAACAUCUUUCAGAUUGGCACUCGGAGCCUGCGAAGUGAGGAGGUGGUGGGUCUGGCUGCCCCGUGAUCCUGGGAAAGCGAAAUGGAGGGGUGUGUGUCUAACCUAAUGGUCUGCAACCUGGCCUACACCGGGAAGCUGGAGGAAUUAAAAGAGAGGAUCCUGGCGGAUAAGUCCCUGGCCACUAGGACUGACCAGGACAGCAGAACAGCAUUGCAUUGGGCAUGCUCAGCUGGACAUACAGAAAUUGUUGAAUUCUUGCUGCAGCUUGGAGUGCCAGUGAAUGAUAAAGAUGAUGCAGGUUGGUCUCCUCUUCAUAUUGCUGCUUCUGCUGGCAGAGAUGAGAUUGUCAAAGCCCUUCUGGGAAAAGGUGCUCAAGUGAAUGCUGUCAAUCAAAAUGGCUGUACUCCCCUAUAUUAUGCGGCUUCCAAAAACAGGCAUGAGAUUGCUGUGAUGUUACUGGAAGGUGGAGCUAAUCCAGACGCUAAGGACCAUUAUGAGGCCACAGCAAUGCACCGGGCAGCAGCCAAGGGUAACUUGAAGAUGAUUCAUAUUCUUCUGUACUACAAAGCUUCCACAAACAUCCAAGACACUGAGGGUAACACUCCUCUACACUUAGCCUGUGAUGAAGAGAGAGUGGAAGAAGCAAAACUGCUGGUGUCCCAAGGAGCAAGCAUUUACAUUGAGAAUAAAGAAGAAAAAACACCUCUGCAAGUGGCCAAAGGUGGGCUGGGUUUAAUACUCAAGAGAAUGGUGGAAAGCUAAGCAGCUUGGAUUUAGUCUUACUUUGUUAGUUUUGUGGCUGUUCCCUAAUGUACUGGUAACUAAUGUACUUGUGCACAAGACAUCAUCUAUGAAUGACGAAGUUUUUUCAUCUCCCGUCUUAUAAACAUGUUUACUAUUGUUCCUGCCAAGUUAUUUGUUCUUAGCUUACAACUUGCUUUCCAGGCAUUGAAUAACUGUUGACAUUGUUCUACUCUUUUAUAUUAUUCUGUAUUGAAUUUUGGUUAAUUCUGUGCAAGUGAUUCUGUGGCUGUUGUGAGUCUUAAGCACCCUAUCAUGCACCCUCUAUCCCCCUUUGAGGCAGAACAACCCCAGUAGCACCAGGCCAAUUGUUUUGCCAAAUGUUUCUAGGUAGAUACGAGAAUGUUCCUCCAUACAGUUGAAACACAUCGUAACUCAUUUUUCAAGAUCACUCAGAAGCCUAUGCCACAUAUUUCUGUUUUUUCCGACAGUACGGUUUAAUUUGUUUUCGUUAUCGGAGGAAUAGUUACAUCUUGUGAGGACCAAGUUUUCGGUUCGGGGAUCCUGUCCAAGUUUGGCAUUCAUAAACACUAAAAUAAUAAAAUAUAAUCACUUGGGAAAAAAAAAAAAAAAAGAAACAUCUUUCAGAUAGAGGGAAAAUGGAUCAGAUGCAAACUUAGAUCUGGACAAAGAAAUGAUGAGUGCAAGAAAUCAUAAAUAUAUUUGAGUAUAAAAUACAUUUCCCCUAAUUUUAAAGAUAAUUGACUGUUUAUAAAGAAAAGUCAUAAGUUUUAUGACAUAUUUGUAGUAGUAAAAUGUAUGAUAUACAAGGUAUUAAGGAUGAGAGCAGGGAAAUGGAAGUACACCACAGUGUUGUAAGGGAGUGGGUGUUCACAUUUUUUGUGAAGUAAGAGGUAUCAUUGAUGGUACAGUCUACUGAGUUAAAGAUGUGUAUUGUAAAACCCAGAGCAGCCACUACAUAUUAAAAUAAAGAAGUAUGCCAUUCAACCAGAUAUGAAAUGAAAUGCUAG